AUUUAAUUAAACAUAUUAUGUCUUUUCAACAAAUAAGGCAAAGUAAUUGACAUACGUGUAUCAGGUACUUCCUUAGUAGCAUGACCAUUCUAGGAUGGCACCCUAGCAACUCAGUAAUUGGUUAAUAUCUUCCAAUCAAUCUGUUAUGUCAUCAUUUUUCUAAGAAAACAUUUUAUGUUUGAUUUAUUUAUUUUAAUAAAUCAAUAAAUUAAUAUUGUUUUAGACUAAAAAAGACAAACAUACUGAUUUAAAGUGAAUAUUUUGAAAAUUAUUGGAAUUGUAUUUUACAUGUGUAGCAAAUUAAGCUAAAUCUUUACCAAAGUGUUCUCUUCCAAACUACCGGUAUAUAUACUAUUAAAGGGGUCUUUUCACAGAUUUUGGCAUGUAUUGAACUUUGUCAUUAAAUGCUUUAUAUUGAUAAAUGUAAAGAUUGCAUCUAAAAAGCUCAAGUAAAAAAAUCAAGAAUAAAAUUAAAAAAAGAAAAAAAAGUAAACCAUCAGGGCUUGAACCCCUGGAGUCCUGGAAUAAAAGUCUACCCACUUAGACCACUCGGCCAUUCAUGCUCAUGUAAUAAGGCAUGUAUUUAAUACUUUAUGUAAGCAAUCCUCGUAGUUUCACAAAAUAAAACGACAACAACAGAACUCUCAAAAUUAUUCAAUCAUUUGGGUUUAGAGCAUGGUAAAUAUAUCAUAAUUUCCAGAAUAAGUGGGUGUUGGAAGUAAUCAGAAUUUAUGAAACUACUGAAAAGAAGAAUAAACUGAAAUUUGUGUUUUUUUAUUCAAUAUUUUAUUAGCUAAAUGUGAGGCGUCUUUUUUAAGCAAUUUUAUUAAGAGUUUUGGACCAAAAUCAAGGUAAUAUUACUUUUAAAUCAUUUACUUAUUGGUAUUCAACAAGAAAGUGGUAAAAUAUUUGCGGAAAACAUAAGAAUUUCUACAAAAACUUGUCUGGUUAAAUUUUCCGAAUGGUUACAGAAAUUAUCGAUUGUUGGUUAGCGAAAAAGAGCAUGUUGCGGGUUCCAAAAAACAAAAUGACUGCACCCAAACAUGUUAAUGUUACUGACUAUGACUGGUUGAAAUGUAUUAUUUUGCUUCUCAUUCAAUAAAGUGACAAUUUCAAGGCCAAAUACACUUGCAAUAUGAAGGCUAUUCUGUCUAUUACGUCUAUCAAUAUAUCUAUACGCUCUGCAAUUUCCAAAACCGCUUGGACAAUGUUGACAGAAACAAAAUUUAAUCAAAAUUCUUAUGUUUUCCGCAAAUAUUCUACCACCAUAAAAAAAUCAUAAAAAGCAAUAGCCAAAAUGUCAUAUAUCGGAACAUUUACGAGAUAAGUUCAGCAAACGUGACUUUGACUUCAGGCAACUAAUGAUAACUAUGUUGUGGUUCAAACACUGUCCAAAGUCAGUUUGAUCGGAUAUCAUCACAGGAAAUUCAAAUGGAAUAUAUUGUGACACAGGAAAUAAAAACCAGCAUUUUGUAUCUCCUAAAAUCUACGUGACCAUACCACAGAGCGUUGACAUUUUGGCUAUUGCAAUAAGGAACACUGAUUUUUUUAUGGGUUGACUUUAUUUUACGAAAUAUUUUACAAAAUAUUCAUUGAUUUUGAGUAAAUAUGUUGCUUUAAUGUAUUUGUAACCAUUUUAAAUAUUUAUAAAUAAAACUAUUUAGUUAAUAUUUUGUUCUUGUUAAUUUAAAAGCAAAAAGUAGUACGGAGUUUAGGUAAUAUGAAUAAAACUGUAGGUGCAAAUCUGUUGCAAAUUCAUGUUAGUUAUUUCAUUAUCAUAGAAAUGGUUUGCUCAUAUUAUGCAUGGCUUGAACUUUUCUUAUGGGUCCAUGUUAUGCUGAGUCAUAGGGUUUUGACACUAUUUAUUCAUAAGAUGACCAUACAUUUCUGAUAUAGUGAAAAUGGUAAUCAGAGACUUAGUCAUAACAACUAAUAAAUGCUGAAAUAAUUGUCAAAGUUAAAGAAACUCAAGUGUUUAAUAAAUUGUUAAUUAGCACAAGUUAGUCGGUUAAUAUAAUAUAUAAGCAGUUAAUUACGUUAAUAAGAACAACUUUCAUUACGUUGCAGAAAUGUCAUAUUGCAGUUUAACUGUAUAUAAGCAUUACUCCCAGAAUGGUGGCAAAGCUAAUAGUCUGAACUUUCACUCUAGGCUACUACAGUUGUGCUUAUACUUUCAGAAAGAAGAAACUGGUGAUUGUUGAGAUGUUGCUGAAAGGUGUGUUGAUGUUGUUGCUGGUAGUCUCAUUGUCAGAAGGGACGGGAACAUACUGGAGAGCUAUCAACCAUGUAUCCAACCUAAGGAAGAUCAAUUUGGAGAAGAAAUGAUGUUUUCUGCACUCGAAAUGUUGAAUGAGAGCUUCAACUUCAAGCCCUAUUUAGAGAAAUUAAUUGUACAAAGUUUGAAAGACUCUACAGAAAGUCUACCAGUCUCUCGGAUUUGUCUACAGCAUCUGAACGCAACACUGCAUGCAGUAACGGUGUACCAGGAGAGCUGGGCGUUGAGCAAAGACAACGCAGAAGAAGAGGACAAGGAUGCAUUCUACGACGCCCUUCAAAGUGUUUUAGAGGACAUCCCCCAACACGACGUGCUGAUGUUGCUCGGCGACUUCAAUGCUAAGGUUUGCGACAACAAAGACGGAAAGAGGACCAUGGGAAGACAUGGAGUGGAUGUGAUCACCAACAACGGGGAGAGACUAGUCAACUUCUGCCAACAGAACAAUUUGGUCAUAAGAGGGACCCUGUUGGCGCACAAGGAGAUCCACAAACUUACAUGGACAUCACCAGACGGCAGGACCCAGAACCAGAUCAACCACAUCAUCAUCACCUACACAAGGUCGAUAUAUCGUAUUAAAUAUAUCAUGCGUCGCCGCCACUGCCAAUAAAAAUAUUGUGCGUCGUCGCGACUUUUAAAAAAAAAUAUUGUAGGUCGCCGCGACUGUCAAGAAAAAUAUCAAGUAUCGCUUCAUGUGUCUAGUUUCGCCCUUGAUGAAAGAAGUGCAAGAUUAUAUAUGGCACUAUCAGGAUUCCGUAUGUUUUAGUAUUUGCU